ACUGGUAACCGGUGGGCAGGUUCCUCUUGGUCUAUAAAUAGCAAGUGUCAAAAGAGGGAGAGUCGUAGAGCCGCUUUUGAGUAGCGAUUAUCAAGGGGUCUGGUUAUAGAGAGAGAGACAACAAAAGGCUAAGGUCCAGAUCUGUACGGUGACAACUCUAGUUUCUCUUUAAGCAUAAAGAAAUGGAGACCUUUCUAUUCACCUCCGAGUCCGUGAACGAGGGCCACCCUGACAAACUCUGUGACCAGAUCUCUGAUGCGGUGCUCGAUGCCUGCCUUGAGCAGGACCCUGACAGCAAGGUUGCCUGUGAAACAUGCACUAAGACCAACAUGGUCAUGGUCUUUGGAGAGAUCACCACCAAAGCCAAAGUAGACUAUGAGAAGAUAGUUCGUGAUACAUGCCGCAACAUUGGCUUUGUUUCUGACGAUGUUGGUCUUGAUGCCGACAAGUGCAAGGUCCUAGUUAACAUUGAGCAACAGAGCCCUGAUAUUGCCCAGGGUGUCCAUGGCCACUUCACCAAGCGCCCAGAAGAGAUUGGUGCUGGUGACCAGGGCCAUAUGUUUGGUUAUGCUACUGAUGAGACCCCUGAAUUCAUGCCUUUGAGUCAUGUCCUUGCCACCAAGCUUGGGGCUCGCCUUACCGAGGUUAGGAAGAAUGGUACCUGCCCCUGGCUUAGACCUGAUGGUAAGACUCAGGUUACGGUUGAGUACUACAAUGACAACGGUGCCAUGGUUCCAGUCCGUGUCCACACUGUCCUUAUCUCCACCCAGCAUGAUGAGACUGUCACAAACGAUGAGAUUGCUGCUGAUCUCAAGGAGCACGUAAUCAAGCCUGUGAUCCCUGAGAAGUACCUUGAUGAGAAGACCAUCUUCCACCUUAACCCAUCUGGUCGUUUUGUCAUUGGUGGCCCUCACGGUGAUGCGGGUCUCACUGGACGCAAAAUUAUUAUCGAUACCUAUGGUGGAUGGGGAGCCCAUGGUGGUGGUGCUUUCUCUGGAAAGGACCCAACCAAGGUGGAUAGAAGUGGUGCUUACAUUGUCAGGCAGGCUGCCAAGAGUAUUGUAGCAAAUGGUCUUGCUCGCAGAUGCAUUGUCCAGGUCUCCUAUGCCAUUGGUGUGCCUGAGCCUUUGUCGGUCUUUGUGGACAGCUAUGGAACUGGAAAGAUACCUGACAAGGAGAUACUCAAGAUCGUGAAAGAAAACUUUGACUUUAGACCUGGAAUGAUGACCAUCAACCUAGAUCUCAAGAGGGGUGGAAACAGCAGGUUCUUGAAGACAGCUGCAUAUGGACACUUUGGAAGGGACGACCCAGACUUCACCUGGGAGGUCGUCAAACCCCUCAAGUGGGAGAAGGAUCAAGCUUAAGCGUGGUUCAUCCUAUCCCUGCUGCUUUCAGAUGCUCUCGGCUGGUAGUUGAUGAAUAAUUUGGCUUGUUUCUUGCUGCUGCAAUAUAUCUAAAUCAAUCUGCAAUGAUCCCAUAUCAUACAUAAGAUGCCCUAUUCAAUUUUCUUUUUCUUUUUUUUUUCUUUGUCCUUUUUAUUGCCAAUGCUGGUGUGCAAAUGUAAGAAAUUUUGGCUGGAGGUUAUGGCACUGGACUGCCUUGCAGCAGGGCAGCAGUGAAAUGUAUUAACGUGUCCUUUUGGCAAAUAUUGUUUUACUUCUCUACUCUA